AUGUUAAAAUCAGAUGGGGUAGUUUUGUUGUAUAUACUUGUAAUAAAUUUAAUUUGUUGUCUUAAUGGGAACACUAAGAAAAGAGCUUAUAUUUUAAAUACGCCCAAAUCUUCAAAUUGUAAGAAAUCAUGUUUCAGAAGAUGGAAUACUCCCGUGAAUAAUAAUAGUUCGCAAAUAUUAAGUAAUAAUGAAGGAUCAAUUGAAGAUGUAUAUAACAGAAAUAUAACUGGGAAAAGUAAUAUAAGAAACUUCUCAAAGGAUAUUAACAAUAAUAUAUAUAUAGAAACUAAUAGAAGAGAAAGACGAAUAAAGAGGAAUAAGUAUUUACUUUCAUUGUAUAAUAACACAAAUAUAAAGACAUCGAACUUUAUUUAUCCAUUAUUUAUACACGAAGAAGAUGUGGAAAAGAAACAUACUAAAUUAGAGGGUAUUUAUACUUAUAACCAAGAGGGUAUAAUAAAAGAGAUAGAAGAAUGUAUAAAAUUAAAUAUUCAUCAUUUUAUGUUUUUUCCAGUAAUAAGAGAAGAAAAAAAAACAGUGUAUUGUGAAGAAUCAUAUAACGAAAACAGCUAUUUUUGUAAAAGCAUAUCAAGAAUUAAAGAAAAAUUUUCAAAUAAUAUUAUGAUAUAUGUAGAUGUUGCAUUAGAUCCAUAUAACGUAUAUGGACAUGAUGGAAUAUAUGAUGACGAUAAAAAAAAAAUACUCAAUGAUAUAAGUGUCCAUACUCUUGUUAAGCAGUCUUUAUGUUUGGCCAAGAGUGGAGCUGAUGUCGUUUGUCCGAGUGAUUCUAUGGACAAAAGAAUUGAACUGAUAAGAAAAAAUUUGGAUUUUCAUAAUUUUAGAGAUAUAUUAAUUUUAUCUUAUACAUGCAAAUAUUCCUCUUGUAUGUAUAAGCCGUUUCGAUCAAUAUUAAAUUCUAACAUAAGGAAAAAUUUUAUUAAAAACAAGCAAUCUUAUCAGCACGAUUUUAAUAGUUAUAUGGAUCUAAACAAUGUUGAUAAACAUAUUGUAGAAGGGGCUGAUAUAAUAAUGGUAAAACCAUCAAUGUUUUAUUUAGACAUAAUACACAAAAUAAAAAACCGAGUUAAAGAUGAUGUAGAAAUUCCAAUAGCUGUUUAUAAUGUUUCUGGUGAAUAUAUGAUGAUAAAGAAUUAUGUGAAAUAUUUAAAUGAAGAUAUAAAUUAUGAAAAUGAAAUAAUAACAGAAUUAUUCAAAAGCUAUUUAAGAGCUGGUGCUAAUAUUAUCAUAACAUACUUUGCUAAGCAAUAUGGUUUAUAUAUGAAAAACUUAUAUGAUAAAAAUAUAAUAAUUGAUGAUAAUUCAAAUAAUAAUUUUAAUAUAGAACUAACUCUAUAA